CACCCAUAAACCCAGCCAUUUAGUGAGCUGUUUAUCUUUUUUGGUUGUGGAAUGGCUUUUUACUUUCGCUGCCCGAUACUUUACUCGUUGGGCUUUGCUGUGUUUGUCGAGACCUAGGGUGUAAAGUCUGAUAUGCCACCUCCACUUGACUCAAAGAAUUCAUCAUGGGAGUCCACGCCUACCAUCUUUCAGCAGGGCGAUGCAGAGAAAGGGCAAGUUGAAGGAAGUUCCAAUUCUUACGUUGAUGGGAACAACGAAAAGGACGAAAAUGAUGGCGCAAAUACUCCACCAUUAUCAAAUUGGAAAAAUGAGAGCGAUGGCGACGUGCCAGCCGAGCUAGACUCUGGGUUCAUUGUAUGGUGGGAUGGGCCAGACGAUCCAGAAAACCCCAUGAAUUGGUCGUCGAGUUGGAAAUGGGUCAAUAUCUGUGUUAUUUCUGUGAUUAGUUUCAUCGUUCCCCUCGUCUCCUCCAUGAUGGCACCAGGCGUCCAGCUCGUAAUGGAAGACUUCGAGACCAGUUCCCCCACAUUCGCAACUUUCGUUGUAUCUAUAUUCGUGCUCGGCUUCGCCUGCGGACCACUCAUCCUCGCCCCAUUGAGCGAGCUUUAUGGCCGGGUGGUCAUCUACAAUACCACUAAUUUGUUCUUCCUCGCCUUCACCAUUCUCUGCGCCGUUUCACAAAACCCGUCUAUGCUCCUGGCGUUCCGUUUUCUAUCGGGGUUUGCGGGUGUGGCUACCAUCACGAUCGGAUCGGGGACUAUUGCGGAUAUCAUGCCGAGGGAGAAGAGGGGGAAAGCUAUGUCGAUUUGGUCCGUAGGACCGAUUCUUGGACCGAUGGUUGGGCCGAUUAUUGGGGGGAAUGUGGCUGAGGUUGCUGGUUGGAGGUGGAUGUUUUGGACUAUUUCGAUUGUUAUUGCUGUUGUAACUAUUGCCGCAUUCCUCGUCCUCAAAGAGACCUACCCCGUGGUAUUACUCGAGAGAAAAGCAUCUAAACUCCGAAAGGUCACUGGAAACCCAAACCACAAAUCCAGACUCGCCUCCGACCUCACCCCCAAGAAACUCUUCAAACACAGCAUUAUCCGCCCCCUAAAAAUGCUCGUCCUCUGUCCCAUAGUCACAGUAAUGUGCAUCUACGUCGCAAUCCUCUAUGGUAUACUAUACCUCCUCUUCGCGACCUACUCCUUCGUCUUCCGCCAAAUCUACGAUUUCACAACCGCAUCAACCGGCCUCGUCUUCCUCGCCGGCGGACUAGGGACCUUGAUAGGUCUCUUCUACGUCGGUUACUUCAGCGAUAGAACACUCGUCAAGCGUGCAGCCGCGGGAAAGACAAUAGCCCCCGAAGACCGCCUCCCAUUCAUAAUCACCAUCCCAGGGUCCCUCACAUUCCCCAUCGGUCUAUUCAUCUACGGCUGGACGGCUGAAGAACACGUCCACUGGAUUGUCCCGCAGAUUGGAACGGCGAUCACGGGUUUUGGCUCCAUCUUGAUCUUUGUAGGCAUCCAAACGUACCUCGUUGAUGCAUUCGAAGAGUACGCCGCUAGCGUCAUUGGUGCAAAUGCGGUGCUGAGAGGGACUGCUGGGGCGUUGAUUCCGCUUGCGGGGCUGAGAAUGUAUGAUGGCCUCGGAUGGGGGUGGGGGAAUAGUUUGCUAGCAUUCGUGGCUCUGGCAUUUGCUCCGAUGCCGUGGGUAUUUGGGGUGUAUGGAGCAAGGAUAAGGGGUUGGAAAGGGAGCAAGGUCAAAUUAUGA